GGCGGCAGCAGCUGUGGCGGCGGCUGAGGCAGGCGUGGGGACUGGGCUGUCGGCAGCCGAGCCGGGCCGGGCCAGGCCGGAGGAAGAUGCUGCCUGCCACUCUGCCCCUUCUGGGGAUGCCCCUGUCAGGGGCAGGGGCGGGAGUGGCAGACGGGGCCGCGGGAGAGUCCGUCCUGCCCCCUGCGGGCUUGGCGCUGUUGCGCUGGCAGUGGCACGAGGUGGAAGCGCCCUACCUGGUGGCCGUGUGGAUCCUGGUGGCCAGCUUGGCCAAGAUUGUCUUCCACCUGUCCCGGAAGGUGACUUCUGUCGUCCCCGAGAGCUGCCUGCUCAUCUUGCUGGGUCUGGUGCUGGGAGGCAUUGUCCUGGCUGUGGCCAAGAAAGCAGAGUACCAGCUGGAGCCGGGCACCUUCUUCCUCUUCCUCCUACCCCCUAUUGUGCUUGACUCGGGCUACUUUAUGCCCAGUCGGCUUUUCUUUGACAACCUGGGAGCCAUUCUGACCUAUGCUGUGGUGGGCACGCUGUGGAACUCCUUCACUACAGGGGCUGCCCUUUGGGGCAUCCAGCAGGCUGGGCUUAUGGCUCCCACUGUCCGAGCUGGUUUGCUUGACUUCCUGCUCUUUGGAAGCCUGAUCUCUGCUGUGGACCCCGUGGCUGUCUUGGCUGUCUUUGAGGAGGUGCAUGUCAACGAAACCCUCUUCAUCAUAGUAUUCGGCGAGUCCUUACUCAACGAUGCAGUCACAGUGGUGCUGUAUAAGGUGUAUAACUCUUUUGUGGAGAUGGGCUCAGUCAAUGUUCAGGCUAUUGACUAUGUGAAAGGAGUCGCCUCUCUCUUUGUGGUCAGUCUGGGCGGGGCAGCCGUGGGCUUAGUUUUUGCCUUCCUCCUGGCCCUGACCACACGUUUCACCAAGCGGGUCCGUAUCAUCGAGCCUCUGCUGGUCUUCCUCUUGGCCUAUGCUGCUUACCUCACAGCGGAGAUGGCCUCGCUCUCAGCCAUCCUUGCAGUAACAAUGUGUGGUGUGGGCUGUAAGAAGUAUGUGGAGGCUAACAUCUCACACAAGUCCCGUACGGCUGUGAAGUAUACCAUGAAGACACUGGCCAGCUGCGCUGAGACAGUCAUCUUCAUGCUGCUUGGCAUCUCUGCUGUUGACUCCUCUAAGUGGGCCUGGGACACCGGGCUGGUGCUUGGUACCCUCUUCUUCAUCCUGCUCUUCCGUGCCCUCGGCGUAGUCCUGCAGACAUGGGUGCUGAACCAGUUCCGGCUGGUCCCUUUGGACAAGAUUGACCAGGUGGUGAUGUCCUAUGGGGGCCUGCGAGGGGCUGUGGCCUUUGCUCUCGUCAUCCUUCUGGAUAAGACCAAGGUCCCUGCCAAGGACUACUUUGUGGCAACCACCAUCGUGGUGGUCUUCUUCACAGUCAUCGUGCAGGGUCUAACCAUAAAGCCUCUCGUCAAGUGGCUAAAAGUGAAACGAAGUGACCACCACAAGCCCACCUUGAACCAGGAACUACAUGAACAUACCUUUGACCAUAUUUUGGCAGCUGUGGAAGAUGUAGUUGGUCACCAUGGCUACCACUACUGGAGGGAUAGGUGGGAACAAUUUGACAAGAAAUACCUGAGUCAGCUACUGAUGCGCCGGUCUGCCUAUCGUAUCCGGGACCAGAUCUGGGACGUGUACUAUAAACUCAACAUUCGAGACGCCAUCAGUUUUGUGGACCAGGGAGGCCAUGUCUUAUCCUCAUCAGGGCUCACACUACCCUCCAUGCCUAGCCGUAACUCUGCAGCAGAGACCUCUGUCACCAACCUGCUGCGGGAGAGUGGCAGUGGUGCCUGCCUGGAUCUACAGGUGAUCGACACAGUUCGAAGUGGCAAGGACCGGGAGGAUGCCAUCAUGCACCAUCUGCUCAGUGGAGGCCUCUACAAACCCCGUCGGAGGUACAAGGCCAGCUGUAGCCGCCAUUUUAUCUCAGAGGAUGCCCAGGCCCGGCAGGACAAGGAAGUAUUUCAGCAGAACAUGAAGCGGAGACUGGAGUCCUUCAAGUCCACCAAGCACAACGUAUGCCUCUCUAAGAGCAAGCUGCGGCUCCGCAAGGCUGGCCGGAAGAAGGAUGGGUCAGCAGACAAAGAUACUCCUAAUGGGAAACCUCAUCGAGCCUCAAACUUACCGGACACAGCUGCGGUGAUUUUAGCAGUGGAGUCCGAAGAGGAGAGUGACAGCUCGGAGACAGAGAAGGAGGAUGAUGAGGGCAUUGUCUUUGUGGCCCGGGCCACCAAUGAGGUUUUCCGAGAACACAAGGUGCCAGGUAAUGGGAGCAUGGAGGUGUGCCCAAGCCCACGCAUCAUUCCCCCUUCACCAACCUGUGCUGAGAAGGAGCUGCCCUGGAAGAGCGGGCAGGGGGACCUGGCAGUGUACGUGUCAUCAGAGACCACCAAGAUUGUGCCUGUGGACAUGCAGACGGGUUGGAACCAAAGCAUCUCAUCCCUGGAGAGCCUGGCGUCUCCCCCCUGCGCCCAGGCUGCCCUGAGAGCAGCCCACCCUCUGGCCUGUGCCCCGCCUCGGGGAGACGAGCUCCGGGACCCCCUGGCUGCUCUUGUUACUCCAUCACCUGAACCCCAUGCUGGCUUCACCUUCGCCCCCAGCCUCGCCAAGGCAGGCCGCUCCCGUAGCGAGAGCAGCGCCGAUGCCCCUGAGCAGCAGGAACUGCAGCCGCUGAUGGCACCAGAGGACCGUGGGUGCCUCAGUCCAGGCACUGCCAAUGCCCGCUGGCUUAUCCAGUUCAACAGAGCCGGUCGGCUGUAGCCCUGAGACCUGAGGGGUCAGAGGCGGGAAAUGGGGAAGAGAGGGAAAGGAAAGAAGGAAGAUGAGGAGAGUCCCCAUAUGGUGUUAAGGGGUCCAGAGAAUGUACUUGGCAGGGGUCAAGGCCAAGGCUGAACUUGGGCUGAGUACCAGCCACCACAGAAGUGGGGACCCUCCUCUACCACACCACCCUGACCUUCUUCUUCAUCACGGCUUCUAAGCUACCCUCUAGAUGAAGAAGAGAAUAUGGAGCUGAAAUCUGAGCAUGCCUGGGGCCCUGGGUGAUUGGAUCUUUCCUUCUUUGUUUCCCUGGGGCAGCCCCUAACUCUGGCUCUGUUCAGAGGCCUUCAAGUGGCUGCUCCUCACCCAGCUGCCCUUUGCCCUUCCUCCUGCGUUAUCAGCAUCUACCCUCACUCCCCUUCAACUGAGGAGACCCGUGAAGAGUCCUUCCCAACACUGGGCCAGGUUGGGAGGGAUCAGGGGUUGGCCUGGGAAUCCCCGAGCCCCCUGCCGGUCGGGGUGUCUCAGCAUUUGGGAACCUGAGGCUUCAUCCACGCACCCUCAUUCCCCUCAACUGCUUUGGACCGGGUGUGUGUGUGUGUGUGUGUGUGUGUGUGUGUGUGUGUGUGUGUGUGUAUGUAUGGUGUGUAGGGUGGAGGGAGGGGGAGAUAGCUGCCCCCCCAAUCUCUUCCAUAGCACAGGCUUGGCCAGGUACCUAGAAUAAGGUUCCUGGGGGUCAGUUACCCAACUUCUCUGAGAGGCCUGAUAGGGACUAUUCCUCAGGUGGGCAAAUAGGAAACCCAGAGUGGGCUAGGGGAUGGGGACAACAGUGAUGACCUUCCUGGAUGCCUUGGUUUCCAGUACAAAUAGCUGCUUCCUUUUCCUGCCCUCCUCAAGCCAGCUUCUCCUUUCCCCUCCUCAUUUUGUUCCCCACUUUUCUACUUCUCCCCAUUUGACUGCUGGAUGUUGUAAUCAUAGAUCCUCUUUUUCCCUAAGGCCUCCAGGCUGGGCCUAGGCCUUCGAUCAGGGCUUCCCCAGACAUGGAAUCACUCUUGUGUAAGAGAACAGGCUGCAUGGUUUUCUGUCCAAAGGGCCAUCUCUGAUCAGGGCUGUCUGUGUGUGUGGGUCUUCUGUGGGAGGCUGAGGAGGUAGAGGUCGUAGGUGUUCCUCUGUUAUCCUCACCCAUAUAUACCCCAUGAGGAAGAGAGCCCUCCCUCCUAAAACUAUUGUUUGGAUCCGCAAUUGAGUGGAAGGGUCUGGUCAUUGUAACAAUUAAGUUGGGGCUGUCAGACCUGUACAGUGAGUGAUCCUUCUUUCGGGUUAGUCUCUGCAUCCCCUUUUCCCCCAUUCAGUUUUUUGUAUCUCAAACCCGAGAAACAUUAAACAUCUCUCAGAUGGA